UCUCUUCUGACAACGUAAUCGUCGAUGUUUCGUCGAUACAUUGCACAAGGAUUUUUUAGACGUCUAAAUUAAUCUGGUGCAGCAUUUCUAUAGAAAAUAGACUUCGUAAGCGAAGGGUGUUGACUCAACAAUCAACAGGACAACUUCAGUAUGGAGUGGACAGCAGAAAAAGAAGAAAAAGUACAUAAAGUAGUAGCUGGGUUAGGUGAAGCAAUCAUUUGUGUUGCGUCAUUUGAGUUCACAUACGAACAGUGGGCAAAUGUAGAAGGAGACAUAAGAGCAGCUGAGGAUAGGGAAUCUGCCCUGAUUAAGGAGUUAGACAAAUUAAAAGAACAUGGCACAACCGAAACAGAAGAUUUAGAAAGGGAAGAAUAUGGGUUGAAAGGUCAAGACGACACCGGUAAUAUAUCUGACGAAUUGAAAGACUUGGACGAAGCAUUGGACGUGGCAGAACAGCAGAUGGAAUCUAUAAGAUCAGAACGUCAAGGUGCACCUAUGAGUGCAGCUGAGCAACAAGAGGCAUCAAUUAGAGCAGAACAUCCAGAGGAAUCUUUGAGUGCACCAGAACAGCUAGAGGCAUCUGCGAGUGCACCAGAACAGCUAGAGGCAUCUGCGAGUGCACAAGAACAAGAGGAAUCUAUGAGUGUAGAAGAACAAAAAGACGCAAACAUGAAAUUAGCAGAUGCUUUAGGACCAACAGAAAAAUCGCCAAAGAAUGCCGGAUAUCUUUUCCAGGAUAUUGUCCAGAAUUCUGAACAGAAUGGAGCUAUUAGCAAACAAACAAAAAAGGAAAAAAAGAGGAUUAAAAGAAAUAUGAAGAAAGACGAGAAAUUAAGAGAAAGAAUUGCUAAAAAAGAGGAAAAAGUUGUACAGUUGCACUUAAAACUGGUAGAUCAAAUUAUGAAACGGUACAACAAGGACGUCAAAGUACAACGAAAAAUAGAGGGACAGAGGAGAAAGAAGAUUGACAAUAUUGAGAUAAAAGCUCAAAAGAUGUUGGAGAAAGAAAUGAAGAUGAUAAAGAAAGUAGAUGCACAAGAUGAUAAGAAGAAAAAGACCCCCAUUAUGGUUGAAAAGGACAAAAAACAUGAUAUAAAGAAUAGCAAAGCACAGAAAGAGACAAAGAAUAAUAAGGGUCAGGAGAUGAAAGAGGCACACAAUAAAGAGGGUGUAAAGGCUAUGGAGAAAAACAAAACAAAGAAAGAGGCAGAGAAAACCAAAGAGGAAAAGAAGAUAGAGACACCGACUAAAGAUGGUGUAAAGGCUAUGAAGAAAAACAAAACAAAGAAAGAGGCAAAGAAAAACAAAGACGAAAAGAAGAAAGAGUCCAAAACUAUGGAAAACAUUGAUAAUGAUGGAAAGAAAAACUCUAUUUCAACAAACAUUCAGGCAUUUUUACGUAUCUUUGCUUGCAGCAAAAGUCAGGAAAAGGAUAAAGCUGCAGUUUGA